CACCCUGUCCCUUUAAGAGAAGGGGGAGAGCUAGCCCCUCUCAGCCAUCCUGUCCUGUCAUCCAUCCCAGCCAAAUCCGAAAAGGAAAAUGAAAGAGGGACCAAGAGGAACAGGUCCCAGCUGUCUCCCAAGCUCCUGCGCUCAGCUCUAAGCACAGGCCCUGGGCGUCAUGGGAGAGUGGGCGUUCCUAGGCUCCCUGCUGGACGCGGUGCAGCUGCAGUCGCCGCUCGUGGGUCGCCUCUGGCUGGUGAUCAUGCUGAUCUUCCGCAUCCUGGUGCUGGCCACGGUGGGAGGUGCCGUGUUCGAGGACGAGCAGGAGGAGUUCGUGUGUAACACGCUGCAGCCCGGCUGUCGCCAAACCUGCUACGACCGCGCCUUCCCGGUGUCCCACUACCGCUUCUGGCUCUUCCACAUCCUGCUGCUGUCGGCGCCGCCGGUGCUGUUCGUCAUCUAUUCCAUGCACCAGGCCAGCAAGGAGGCGGGUGGCGCGCAGCCGGUCACGCCGUGCACGCGCGGGCGUCCCGAGGCCCCUUGCGCCCCGUGCUCCCUGCGUGCCCGCCGCGCGCGUCGCUGCUACCUGCUGAGCGUGGCUCUGCGCCUGCUCGCCGAGCUGGCCUUCCUGGGUGGCCAGACGCUGCUCUACGGCUUCAGCGUGGCCCCGCACUACGCGUGCGCCGGCCCGCCUUGCCCGCACACCGUCGACUGCUUCGUGAGCCGGCCCACCGAGAAGACGGUCUUCGUGGUCUUCUACUUCGCCGUCGGGCUGCUCUCGGCGCUGCUCAGCGUGGCCGAGCUGGGUCACCUGCUCUGGAAGGGUCGCCAGCGCGCAAAGCUGCUCCCGCCGCCGCCACCACCGGCCGCUCUGCCUUCGCGGCGAGCGGAUCCCGAUCCCUUCGGUCCGCCCGCCUACGCGCACCGCGCACCGGCCGGCGACAGCGAGGGCGGCAGCGGCCACAGCAAGGCGUCGCUGGCCACCGUGCGUCAGGACCUGGCCAUCUAGCGGCGAGGUCCGAGGCCCAACCUUCAGCACCGGGGUCCUUGGAGGCAGAAGCGAGAAGUGGCUUCCUAAAGACGGCGUAGGACCCUGCCUGAGCUGAGGAUGAGCAGAAGGACCCCCCCCAGCAGAAGAUGGGGAACCACCGGGGUUCGGGGCGGGGUGGCGUCGCACUUCUUAGUGCUGUUUGCAGCAGCAUGCUGGGGGCUGCUUUGAAUCAGGGAGCCUGUUUCGUGAUGUGAUCCCUGCGGAAAGGGAGGACGCCAGGGGCCUUGAGAGGAAGCAGACAGGCCAAGGGCACUGGGUGACCUGAUUGUUUUACCGGGGGCGAAAUCAGCAGUGAUGGCAGUGUUCCCAGGCUCCUUGCUUGGUCAGAGAAGUGUACUUCUCUGUGGGCUCUCUGUGCACACAUACGUGCACUCCCAGAUGGGUUGGUUGUUCGUGCACAUUAAACCUCUGUGGACUGUGUGUGUGCAUGCAUGUGUGUGUACACCUGCUGAGGGUGCGCACUAGUAUGCACCUCCCAAGUAACAGGAGGUACAGACCUGUAUUCAUGCAUGUGUGCACACCCAUGCACAUGGAUGUUGCUGUGGGCUCUGUGUGCAAGCAUGUAUGCAUGCAUCCUGUGUAAGCUUUGUGUACACACCUAUACACACACAAUCUGUGUGUGCAUCAACUAACACUGUCAUUCACUACCAGAACCCAAUGCCAGUGGUGGCCAUAAUGCCUUCCUCCCUGCUGGCAUAACCCAGCCACCUGUGAGGGAGCAGUGCCCCUCCCCCAGGAACGGAGGGGGAGGAGAGUCCUGUACAAGGGUCAUCCUAUAGGUUUGUGAUACUGUCAAUGCUGUGCACCCAGACAGCCAAGCUCCACAGUGAGGCAAACUGGGAGUGGGCUGGAAGAUAGAACAGGCCGUGGUGAGGCAGGACGGUGGUGGCACAUGCUUUAAUCCCAGCACUCGAGAGGCAGGUGGAUUUCUUUCUUUUUUUUUU